GAACCAACUCUUAUCCUUUGUGUAGCUUCGAUGCUUCUUGGUACAAAUGAUGUUAAAUCGGACAAAGCAAGUAGACCAAGAUCAGAUAGCCCUUUCUCAUUUCCUCGCCAAAAACGUUCAGUAAGACCGAGAUUUUAUUUUUCUAUUGACUCGGACUCUGAGUAGUUAGACCCUAACUUGGUUAAAAUGAUUGAUCCUCCCUCGUGAAUUCUAAUGGAGAAGAAGGCAAGUCACAGAGUCAUUUUUUGAUCGGUCUUGGACAAAGUCAACAAAGCAUUCAUGUCUGCACAUAAAAUCAUCCUUGGAAGAAUACCCAGCUUAAGAGAUGCCCAAAAGAGAACUGUAUUUGAAAAUAUUGUGCUGCCUCCUGCAGAACUUUUUGUAAAAUGGGUUGUUACAAGCACUUUCGCCCACAGACAUUGUUCCAUUGGUUUAGAUUAUUGGAGGCAGUGGAGAAACCCCACCCUGAAGUGAUACAAGUAUAUCCUAACUCUCUCGUCUCCGCUUUAAGAUGAGAUCAAAUUUGCUGUACAUCUUUCACUCAGAUCCAGUUACUUAUAGAAAAAUCUCGUUUUCAAUAAUGGAUGUCUCUUCCAUGCUAAUUCCCUUCUACCUCUUUUGUUCCAUGUCUUAGGCGCAUUUGUUCUUCUAUUUCAAAGAUACUCCCCAUGGAGGUCAAGAUUCUCUGGGAAAUUUUAAGUUUCUAGUUUGAAUUGCCUAAACCACGUUAGGUCUGAUUUGGUCAUUCUGUUUUCUCACUCCUUUUUUACUUCUUUUUUUUUUUUUUUUUUUUUUUGGGGGGGGGGGGGUGUUGGGUUUAGAUUAUGUCAUUUAGGAUUUAUAGUGUUCGGGUUUUUGAAUGGUAUAUGGGGAUGAAGUGUUAGGGAUUUGAUGCACUUUUGAGUUUUAUUUCUUUUUUUUUUGGGGGGGGAGGGUGGUAGUUCGAGUACAUAUUUCUUCCCAGUUUUGUUUGGGGGCAAUAAUGCCAUUAUAACGGUUAUGGGUUGAUGAAAUUCCAUAGGUCCUCUUAUCCACAUUAAAAAUAUUCUUAUCCA